AUGGCAAAGGGAAGAGAAAUGUUCAAACACAUUCUAUUGUUGGCCAUGAUAGCAUCUACCGAUGCAACAACCAGUGAAACUACCGAUGCAACAAUCAGUGAAACUACCAAUGCAACGACCAAUGAAUCUACCGAUGCAAUAACCAGUGAAUCUACCGAUGCAACGACCAAUGAAACUACCGAUGCAACAACCAGUGAAACUACCGAUGCAACGACCAAUGAAUCUACCGACGCAACAACUAGUGAAACUACCGAUGCAACAACCAGUGAAUCUACCGAUGCAACAACCAGUGAAUCUACCGAUGCAACAACCAGUGAAUCUACCGAUGCAACAACCAGUGAAUCAACCGAUGCAACAACCAGUGAAUCUACCGAUGCAACAACCAGUGAAACUACCGAUGCAACGACCAAUGAAUCUACCGAUGCAACAACCAGUGAAUCUACCGAUGCAACAACCAUAAUUGAUUGUGAAUUUAUAAAUGAGAAUGACAUGUCUAUUUCCUUCACAAUCUAUGCUGUUUUUGAAAUGUUAUCUGAAGGACAAGUGUCGGGUCGUUUGAAAUCAUUAUUGUUAUCUUUUCCAGCUAAUAAUUUGGUUAAUAAUUCAUAA